AUGAGUAAAACUACAAGCCAUUUGAAGGCUUUAUUAAAAAAGAAUUGGAUUUUAUGGCGUAGAAGUUGGGGCUGCAGUUGCUUCGAAAUUCUUUUGCCAGUAGUCUUAACUUUCAUAACUAUGACUAUUCUUAGAAGCAAUGUUGAUAGAGUAGAUAUACCAUAGCAAACAUACUUUGAUAAGCCUAAUGUAGCUACUUACUAUCCUAGUAUUCCAACUGGAUAGGUAGAUGCAAGCGGCAAAGCAAUUAAGCCACCUCUUGUUUAAUGCAUUGGAAGAACUUAAGGUGGUAAUUCAUUUAGAAAUGGAUAUGUCGCUCUUAUUCCUGAAACAGGUGAUCUUGUAGAUUAGGUUGACCAUAUGCUUUAAAAUGAAUUCGGCUACCAAACUAAAAGAUGGCCAAGUGUAGACGCUCUUUAUAACUUUGUAUAAGAAGAUGGGUACAGAUGGGAAGUGUGCUUUGGUAUUGAAUUACCUGCUCCUGUUUCUGGUAAAUAUUCAUAUCAACUCCUAUUCAACAACACUGGCCCACCAACUCACGAAGAUGAUGAAGUCCCAGAUACCACUCGUCCAGAUGUUUAUAAAUACAAAACUGAAAUGAAGGAUCCUCUUUUUGACUUAUGGGUUGAUUCUGGUUUCUUGACUCUCUAACACUAUAUCGAUAAUCUUAUCUUAAAAAAAGAAACUGGUAAUCCUUCUGCUGGAAUUACUGCUAAAAUAUAUCCUAUUCAAUCACCCUCAUAUACAUAAGAUAAAAUUGAUGAAUAGUUAAGUAAUAACUUUGGUCCUUUUAUGAUUCUCCCCAUGAUUUUAAGUUUCUUACGUCUAGUUUAAAGUCUAUUGGUAGAAAAGGAGAAAAAAAUUAGAGAAGGUAUGAAAAUUAUGGGUAUGCAAGAUUCUUCAUUCUAUCUUUCAUAUAUCAUUCAGUAUUUAAUCACUUACACAGUCAUUUCUCUUUUGAUGGCCAUGGUUCUCAAAAUUUCCAUUUUCAAAAAGAGUGAUUACUUCUUCUUGUUUAUUUGGUUCUGGCUCUUUACUAUUUCUCUAAUAUUUUAAGCUCUCUUUGUAUAAGCUUUCUUUACUCGUUCUAAGAUUGGAACAAUCAUUUCUAUGAUAUGGUUUUUGUUAAUGUACAUGGCUGAUGCCUUUUUCUAGAGUGCAGAUAUUAAAUCAAGAGCUUAAUAUACAGGAGGUUCUUUCUCAACUCAUUGUGGUAUUAUCCGCUCAAGCAAUUUAAUUCUUGUAUUAGAAGCUAAUAUGGAUGGUAUUGGAUUUAGCAACGAUGACUACGAGAUUAACAAUUUCGAUGUUUAGACAUAGAUUCUUAUGAACUUGCUCAAUAUAGCUGUUUUCGCAAUAUUGGCUGUAUAUUUAGAUCAAGUUAUUCCCAACGAAUUUGGCCGUAAAAGAAAGCCACUUUUCUUCCUUGAUUGUUUCCUUAAAAAAAAUAAAGUAGCCAUUUCACAUGAAGAAAUUAGAUAAUAAAGAAGACAAAAGGACGAAGAAAUAUAAUUAGAAUUCAAUAAUCAAAAUAACAUUGAAGAUGUUACCCAACUUUUGAAAGAUUAAGAAAAUAGAAAUGAAGUACUUAAAAUUAGAAACCUCCAAAAAACAUUCCACGGUAGAGGUGAACCUUUUAAGGCUGUUGAUAAAUUAAAUCUUACUAUGUACAAGGAUUAAAUUUUCGUUUUACUCGGACAUAAUGGUGCUGGUAAAACUACUACUUUGUCUAUGCUCACAGGUCUUCUUACUAUGACUGGAGGUUGGGCUGAAGUAAAUGGUAUGGAUAUUGAAACCUAAAUGGAAGAAAUUAGAACAUUCAUGGGUGUUUGUCCUCAACAUGAUAUCUUAUUCGAUAAUUUGACUGUUCGUGAACAUUUAUACCUUUACGCAUCCUUCAAAGGUAUGACUGAUAGCAAAUUGAUCAAAGAAGAAGUUGAGAAAUUCGUUGAUGAUGUCGAUUUAAGAGAAAAAGCAGAUGUUUUAAGUAAAAACCUCUCUGGUGGUUAAAGACGUCGUUUGAGUGUAGCUAUUGCAUUCAUUGGUGGAAGUCAAAUUGUGUAUUUGGAUGAACCUACCAGUGGUAUGGAUACUUCAGCAAGAAGAUAUAUUUGGGAUAUGCUAAAGCAAUACAGAAAUGACAGAAUUGUUAUCUUGACUACUCACUUUAUGGAUGAAGCUGAUUAUUUAGGUGAUAGAAUUGCUAUCAUGGGUAAGGGUAAAUUGAUUUGUUGCGGUUCUUCUGAAUUCUUAAAAGAUCGUUUCGGUGUUGGUUACAAUUUGACAAUUGUGAAAGAGGACAACACUGUUGAUAGUGCCCCUAUUAUUAAUUUUGUCAAAUCAAUCAAUCCUUCCAUUAAUGUUCUCAGUGAUGUUUCAGCUGAAAUCACCAUUUAAAUGAAAUCAGAAACUGUUAACGUUUUCCCAACUAUUUUUAAAGGACUUGAUUCAUAAAAAUCCUAAUUUAAAAUUGAAUCUUACGGUAUUUCAAUUACAACUCUUGAAGAAGUUUUCUUAAGAGUUGCUGAUUUAGAGCACGCUAAUAAAAUGGCUGUUUCUCGUCUUUCUCAAUAAGUCAAGGAAGAAUAAGAAGAAAAAGAAGAAGAAGAAGUUGAUAAUUUCGAUCUUAACUCUGUCCGUAUCAAAAGUAGAUUCCUCAUUUUCUGCGCUCACUUCAGAGCUUUGUGUGUCAAGAGAUUCUUAUAUUUCAGAAGAGAUAUUAGAGGUCUCCUUUGUGAAGUACUCCUUCCUAUUUUGAUUGUUAUUGUUGGUUUGGCUAUUACUCUUAUUAAUAAUAUUUAAUCCAGUCCUUCUCUUUUAAUUGAACCUUCCAUUUACGAUACUCCAUUGAAUAUUAUUUAUUCAGGUAUCGAAGAUACAGGCAAAAUGAAUACUCUCUUCACUCACUUCAACCCUCAUGAUUGGAAGGCUACUUUCUACAACGCAGCUUCAAAAUAAGAUUGGGAUAAUUAAAACUUUGAACUCAGAAGUGUUGAUAGAAAGGGUUCUUACUAUAUUAACAAAAUUGAUAAUUUAAAUAUGUAGUAUGCCUAUGAAACCGAAACUUAAACUAUCUCUUGCAGUACUCCUCCUCUUUUCAUUAAUUAAAUGAAUAACGCUAUCCUCUAGUUAGCCACUGGAGAUAACACCAAAAGCAUCUCAGUCACUCUUAAUCCUUUCCCUCUACCUAAAUCAGUAAAAGGAUUCUAAAAUACUACAUAAGGUAUUGUAGCUGCUUUCAACUUUGCUAUUGGUUUGUCAUUAAUUCCUGCUUCUUUAAUUACCUUAACUGUUAAGGAACGUGAAGAAAAAAGUAAACAUCAAUAAUUAGUAUCAGGAGUAAGCAUAAUAAGUUAUUGGACAAGCAACUAUGCAGUGGAUAUGAUAAAGCAUCUUUUCCCAUCUUGUAUAUGUAUUUGCAUGGUACUCGCAUAUGACAUAGAUACGUUUGCGUCGGGCGAAAAUCUUGGCGCUAUCAGCAUCCUCUUCAUUUUAUAUGGUUGGGGUAUUAUUCCAUUCACUUACUCAUUUGGUUUCCUCUUUUAAUCAUCUGGCAGUGCUUAAGUUACUGGUUUCUUCUUUAAUUUCUUAACUGGUGCUGUUCUUCCAGUACUUGUAAUGGUCUUAAGAAUUAUUAAAACAACCAACUCAGUUGCUCUUAAGUUAUAAUGGGUUUUCCGUAUUUUACCUUCUUUCUGCUUUGGGUAUGGUGUAACUAACAUGGCUAACAAAUAAUUAUAUGCCACAGUUGUAGGUUCAUAAACUCUUGCAGGUACAUAUGACAUGGAUAUGGCCGGAGGUGAUAUUAUGUGCCUUGCUAUUGAAGGUGCUGCCUACUUCUUGUUGGUUUUCAUCAUAGAAUUCUUCAAAGAUAUGAAACCUAUCUCUUAAAUCAUUUGUCCUAAGAGAAAUUAGGAAAUUAAAUAUCUUAACAAUAACUUUGACUCAGAUGUUCAAAAAGAAAUGGAUACUGUUGCUAAAACUGAUCCUAAGGAAUACACAGUUAGAGUCAACAACAUCAGGAAAGUUUACUAUACUGAUGAAAAUGAUCCCAAAGUAGCCGUAGAUAGAGUUUCUUUCGGUAUUAAAGAAGGUGACUGUUUUGGUCUCUUAGGUAUUAACGGAGCUGGUAAGACUACAACAUUCAAAAUAUUAGCAGGUGAAAUUUAAUAGUCUUCUGGAUAAGCUCACAUUAAAGGUUAUGAUUUGCGUACUCAAAUGAGUGAAGCUCAAAAGCACAUCGGAUAUUGCCCAUAAUUCGAUGCUCUUCUCGAAAAUCUUACUGCUAGGGAACACUUAGAACUCUAUGCAGCAAUUAAAGGUAUCCCAUAUGAGUUACGUGAAGGUUUAGUAGCUAAAAAGAUCAAAGAAAUGGGCUUAUCUGAAUUCGAGCAUAAGCUAGCUGGAACAUACUCUGGUGGUAACAAACGUAAAUUAUCAGUUGCUAUUGCUAUGCUUGGUAAUCCUCCAAUCGUCUUCUUAGAUGAACCAUCAACAGGUAUGGAUCCUGAAGCUCGUCGUUUCAUGUGGAAUGUUAUCUCCAGAAUAUCAACCAAGAGAAAACAAUCAUCUAUUAUUUUGACUACCCACUCUAUGGAAGAAGCAGAAGCACUUUGUACAAGAUUAACUAUUAUGGUUAAUGGUGCAUUUAAAUGUCUUGGAACUCUUACUUAAAUAAAAAAUAAAUUUGGUUAAGGAUAUGAAGUCGUUGUAAAGACUGAAAUUCCUAAGUAAAUGGCAGAACAAUUAUUGAAAGGUAUUAAUGUCUCUGGUUAAUAAAAAUUAACUACUAUGGAUGAAAUAUAAAAUAUUUUGACCAAAUUAGGAAGUCCUUAACUUAUUAAGUAAUUUGACUUGGAAGGAUCAGCUAAAACUAUGUUCUAAAACAUUAACAAAAAGAAGGGUGUCACAGCAGAAUAAUUAGCUGAAUAUGUUUGCAUAGAAAACGAUGGAGAAAGAAUUUAAAACUUUAUUCGUACCGAAUUCGGCAAAUUCUCAAUUAUUGAGCAUUUCUCUAACCUUUAUAGAUUUAAAAUAACUAAUCCUUCAAUCUCAAUAGGUAAAGUCUUCGAAUAAUUUGAGCACAAUAAAAGAAAUCUCAAUAUUGCAUCAUACAAUGUCAGACAAGCAACCAUUGAGCAAAUCUUCAAUAACUUUGCUGAAGGAAGAUAUGAUCACGAAGAAAAGUAAUUAUAAUUAGAAACUCUGAACAAAGAAAUCCCUAUAUAUAGUUUAAUAGAUAAUAAGUAAAAUCCUCAAAAAGAAAUUGACAUUGAGAUGGGUAAAACAAAUAAGAUUCGAAUUUCACCCUCAAACACUAAAAAUCAUUGA